AUGGCAGGUCAGUCGGCUUGCUGGAUGUUGAGAAAGAGACCGUUGAUAGCCCCUAAGAUGGCCUGGACUCGCGGUCGUAUUGGAGUCCCAUCUCGAUACCUGGAGAUGCAUAUCUACCCAAAGUCCCCUCCUUCUGAGCCUCUUCGUUCUUUCAUCGGUUCACCUUUCUCUAUCCAUUACAUAUCCUCAUACUCUCCAACACAAACCAAACGAGUUACAAUGAAUACACCGCCUACGCCACUACCUGACUCACCUAACUCAACCAUCUUCCCCCUCGCCUUCACCCCCCUUCUCGUUCUACCCACCUUCUCGCCUCUCACUUCUCAAGCCCUAUCACGCCAUCAUCACUCUCUCCGAAGUCCCAAGCUACUUUUACCCGCGCAAAACUCACAUCAUACCUCAUUAUCGGCGCCAGCUCGAUGGCGAUUGAUGAGCGGCCGCUGCCUGAACCGCGCAACGAGAAUCACAGUGAAUAUCACUGAGAAGGCCUUUUCGGACGUCGUAGCGUUUCUUGUUGUUAACAUUGUGAUAUUAUUGCGAGUUUGA